AUGCCCGCCGUGACAAGAACGAUGAAGAAAUCUCGAGAAGACCAGGCUCCCGACUUUGUGUCUUUAAAGACGGUCGCACUCGUCGGCGAGACAAAGACGACGGCCCUCAAGCAAAAGGCCACCAACAUUACUCUCAUGAUUCCGUCUCGCAAGGUGCUGGCGAAGGCCAACGCCGACACCGGGAAGCCCGUUGCCUCGCCGAACAAGACCAGCCGGCUGCCUGUUUCGGUCCCCCGCGAACGCUCUAAUGGCCAACCGCGCCAGGUCGCCGAGGAACGUGUCACAGAAGCCCUCGCAGGCAAGGGCAAGAGGGGCUUGCGUGGCCCCAUUCGGAAACUCUCUGGGGCUCUCCUGAGGCGCACCAUCGACUUCUUUCACGACGACCCGGAUGCGCUCAAGGCCUGCAGCCUGGUGCACUCGACAUGGACGGGCCCUGCGCGGCGCCACCUGUUCGGGAGCCUCGUCUUCGGUGGCCGCCCCCGGUACGACACGCUCGCCGCCGCCCUCGGCCCUCUGCCCGUCCUUUCUGCGACAGCGACACACAGCAUCCGGCAGCUGGUGCUGAACUUUGGUGACGCAACGCACGUGCCGCGGCUGGACGUCUUUGACCUCGCGCGCGGCCUGGCUCUGCUUCCGAAUCUCGACGACCUUGUCCUCGCGGGCCUCACUCUUUGGGUCGGCCCGUCGCUCGGGGCGCCUCCGGGCGCUCUGCGCCGCAUCGAGCAGCUCGUGCUCGAUAACAUGACGCUCGACCCGCGCGAGCUGCUGCAGCUCCUGGCCGUCGUGGCGCCGCGCAGCGGGCUCAGUCUCGGGCACCACGUCAGGCUGCGGAGUAAGUUCUGGGUGGACGACGUCCCGCCCGCGGCGUUGCGGCGGCUCGAGAAUGUGGCGUGGAGGGAGCUCGCGAUGGGCUUCUACGAGGGCGGCAAGUACGAUAUGGUCAU